AUGGCGUCUUCUAGUGGUACGACGACGACGUCAUCAGGUGGUUCGUAUCCGAUUCAGAACUCGGGAUCUGAAGAAGAUCUUCAACAGUUGAUGGAUCAGAGGAAGAGGAAGAGAAUGAUUUCGAAUCGUGAAUCGGCAAGGAGAUCUAGGUUGAGGAAGCAACAGCAUCUGGAUGAACUCGCGACUCUGCUGAGUCAACUCAGGAAGGAGAACAACCAGAUAAUAUCAAGUGUCAGCAUCACCACACAGCAUUACAUGGGUGUGGAGGAAGAGAACUCUGUUUUGAGAGCUCAGGUGGCUGAGCUCAGCUACCGGUUGCAGUCUCUCAACGAGAUCAUCGCUUUCAGGAACCAACCGGUGGAUUUUGGUUGUGGGUUUGCGGAGGAGCUAUACGGCGGCGGUGGUGGCGGCACUGAGUUCGUUGACGAGUUCAUGAGCUACGUUUAUGCUAACCAACCCAUUCUGGCCUCUGCAGACAUGAUUCAGUACUGA